UGUUAAUACUUGCUAGUUUUCUUGCCAGCCCUACCACAAUAUCAUUGGGAUGGGAAGAUUUCAUACACUGAGAUGCUAUUACUUUAAUGAACUCCUUGAGGUUUGUUGAACAAAAAGACAGUGAAAGUGGAUUUAAAGAUUCUUAAAGUGCAAGUUUCUUAGUGUAUAAAAAAUACCAUAUGACUUUAAGGGAAGUUUCAGACAGCUGCAGGUUGGCAUGGCUGCUGCUGAUGUCAUAGUCUUAGUUCACUCCCAAAAGGAGUCAUCAGUACCCUGAGUGGGUGGUCACUGCUGAGGCAGCAGUGCAGCGAAAAAUAAUUGCAUAGGAAGAAGCUAUGGAAUCAGAGGAGACCGCCACCAGCUCCCUUACAGACCAAACCAGCUGGGAGUUCCUUAACCUACUGAACAUGCUGGGGAUGAACGGGGAGCUGCUGGUGAUGGAGAUGAAGGACGUCCAUGUGAGAGCCCCCUCAGUGCUGAUGGAUUUUGCUCAGGACCUGUUCAGUGCAGGUGAUGGGAGGACUGAACUACAGCAGAUGGAGGAAAAAGAGGAGGAGAAAGAGGUUCAACCGCACCUGGUUUUUAUGGUUUGGCAAGCCACCACUUUGAAGCAGCUCAUGCAGUGGGAUUAUCUGGAUGAGACCCUCUUUAACAUAAGGAACCUGUUCCCAUGUGUGCCAGCUGCGCUGGUGCUGGUGGUGAUCCAUUCAGGCCCCCAGGAGGAGCUGUCUCGAGCAGUGGAAGCACUCAGGAGGAUGCAGUGUCUGUUGGAUGGUGCUUUCCAGCACCUGGUGGUGGAGGCAGCGGUCUACAAGGCAGGCCAGCCCGAAAGCAUCAUGGAGGUCAAGAGAGCUGCAUGUAGAGCACUAAGAGAAGUCUUUAAUUACCAAGAAGAUGUCAGCUCACCAAAUCCCAGUUCUGCUUGUCCGGGUGAAAUCAGCCCCCAGCAGUGGAUUGCUGUCCUCAGCCUGAGCAUGUGCCACGUGAGGUAUCACAGAUGACUUGCAAACGAAUUCCUGGAGACAGCAGGAUUUGCAGAUCUUGUAUCCACCUAAAAUCUGUUACGGAGAGAAUUAUUAAAACCUUGUCUUUAUUUGAUAUCUCUGUGUGCACCUCUGGGCUGUAAAGCGCCAAGCACCGGGUGCCAUACAAACUCAUGCAGAGCAGGGGGGAUUUGCAGAUGUCCCUGAGAGAAAGGAUCCUCAAGGGGAUAUUUUGAGUGCGGGUUCUUUCUAUGGUGAUGUGGUGCAUCAUGCCUACGUGCCAGGACAAAGUGCGAGCACACCUUGGGGCAGUUGUGCCAUGUGCCAGGAAGGCACCCUGCCAGCUGCACAACUGCAGGCUCUGUCUGACAUCUCUCGCAGGUUCCGUGGCUUUCCAUUGCGGUAAGUGAAGGUGGGCUUGGAGAACCAAGUUUGAGGAGCUGCGCUGAGAUGCUGAGGACUGUCAAAAAUUGGUACAAAAGUCCUUUCUCAUGUCCUCUUUCUUUAGAUGAGAGGUAGAUCGUGGUGAAUCAUCUCCUAAGGUGCCCAAUCCAAUGGGUUUUUGGUCUUGCUCAGAGCUCACAGCACUGUGUCUCUGUACUAAGCACCCUCUCUUCCUCUUUUUGCAGUCCAAAAUGAACAGAUCUUUGCUCUUAGCAGGCACGGGCACAUGCAAGAAAUAAAAUUGCCCUCAUUUAGAGCAAGCUGUUGAUUUGCUGCCAGCACAUCCAUUGGGUUGCAGUGUGAAGGCAAAGGGUGGAGCAGCAGGACCUGUAUGUACACCCAGGUCUGCAUUCAGGUGCCCGCUGCACUCCAACAUCACUCUGUGGGCGCUGCACACGCUGCUGAGCUGCCUCUGCCUUGCUGAGCUGUAUCUCUUUAAGCAACACAGAGGAAGAUAAAAGUGUGUUUGCUGUUAGGUCCCUCCUCUGUUAAUGAGUAAGGAAAUGUAAACGAGGUUGUUUGGGUAUUGUGGGUGACGUUCACCUCUCCAAGCAGCCCUUGCUGGCAGCAGUACAUGUGUACCCAAAAUUAACAAUAAAAUUGCAGUGGCCGUGAAGAACAGCUCCAUCCAUUCCCAAAUAUUAGUUUUUGGAUGUGCUUAUCAGCAGCUUAAACAUCAGAAAAAUGGAAAGCAGUGCUUGUUCUGGGCAUGGGAUGCAGGAAAGCCCCCUCACUGAGCAGGAUUCUUGUAAAUGCAAAAUCUGGCUGACAUUAAGGCUGCAGCUGGCUGUUGGGUGGUGUCAGGCUGGAGCCCUGGUGUGCUGACAGCUGCUCUUAGGGUUAAUGCUGUACAGGAGCAUGGGCUCCUCUGCCAACAGACCCUGAUCUUUGGAAGAGGACCCUAAUCUUGUUUAUCUCCCCUGAGUUGAUUACCAGCACUAGUCAAUGAGUAAGGUCCUUUUAUUAAGAGCCAGAGAGGCUGUCUGAAACCCUCACCCUGACUGUCUGACCCCACAGUGCUGGUGUGGGGAUGUGUUUGCUGAGCCUGUUGUAACUGGGACACACAUUCUCCUGGCUUAAAGCUGCUGGCACACAGUGACCUUCCCAGGCUGCCCUUCCUGAUAUCCACAGUCAGGCUGGUUGGGGCUCUUAGCACCUGAUGGAGCUGUAGGUGUCCCUGUUCAUUGCAGGGAGUUGGACCAGAUGGCCUUUAAGGGGCCCUUCCAACUCCAAUACAUCUAUGCUGUCCCCUAGAGGAUGUCCGCAAGAGCAGUGCUGCUGUCAGCACCUUUCAGCUGUUCACAUCCUCCCGCAACAAGACAUUAAAUGUUUGGGAAUCUCGUACGUAGCAGAGUAAACAUUUACCAUUGCUGCUGGGGCUUCCCGCUUCACCUGACAGCCGUGCCACGGCCGGGCAAAGCACGUGUCCACUGGUACCGGAACCGGGAGAUGCUUUGGGCUCGGGGCGGGUACCGGGGCUGGUGGAGGCGGUGCCGGGGGCGGUGCGGAGCUCCGCUCAGGGGACGCGGCGGCGGCGGCGGCAGCGGGGGAUGGAGGCGGCGGAGCUGCGGGAGCUGCGGGCGUUGGUGGAGCGGGCGGGCGGGCGGCGGGCGGUGCUGCUGGUGGCCGAGGUGGUGACGGAUGGCGCUCCGGCGGCGGCCACGUUGGCGUCGUUCGCCCGCGAGCUGCUGGGCGACGAGGUUCCUCCGGAGCAGGGGGUGGAGCCGGGAUGCCGGUCCCGGUCCCGAUGCCGGCGGCGGGCGCUGGAGGCCAGGCUGCUGCUGGUGCUGUGCCGCGGAGGAACGGCGCGGGGCCGCGGGAGCCGUGCGCGGCUGCGGGAGGUGGUGCGGGACGUGCGGGGCCGUUUGCCUCGGGGGCCGCCGCCCGCCGUCGUCGGCGUUCUUCUGCCCGGUGGGGACGGGGAGGACGCGGCGGUGCUGGACGCGACGCUGCGGCGGUACUUCCCGGCGGCGGACACCGUGCAGGCGGCGCGUUACAACCCCGGGAGUCCCGCAGCGCUGCGGGAGUGCCGCACCGCCGCCUGCCGAGCUCUGCGGGCCGCCCUGCAGCACCCCGCAGGUACCGAGGGUUUGGGGGAAUCGGACGGGGGAGGGAUGGGGGUGGCACGAAUCGGGCACACGUUGAUCUCCCUGAUCGGGCCCGCUGCUCCCGGCAGGUGCUGCCCCAUCCCGGUGGGAUCUGUCCCGUCCCAGUGGGAUUUUUCCCACGGAAAAGUGCCCCAUCUCAGUGGAUCCAGCCUUUCCCUACGGGAUUUUUAUCCUCCCGGGGAGAAGUGCCUUGUCUCGGUGGGAUCUGGUUUCUUACAGUGGGAUUUGACCUGUUUUCCAGUGGGAUCAUUCCUUCUUCUGUAAGAUCUGCCUCACUUGUGCAGGAUUUGCACUAAGCCAGGGAGAUCUGCCUCUCCCCAGGGAGUUCCUGCUGUCCCCAGUGGGAUCCGUUUCAUGCAGUGGGAUCUGAGCCUUCCCAACAGGCUCUGCCCCUUCCCCGUGGGGUUCCUCCUGGGGAGGAUGGGCCAUGGGUUGGGAAGCAGGGAUGUGGCAGGCAACAGCUGUGGCGUGGUGCUUAGGAUGCACAUUCAGGUGCUGAUGGAUGGGCAUUCUGGGGCUUGGGGUGCAGCCCUGGCCGCAGAGAGCAGGCAGGUUCUGCAGGAGGAAGAUGCUGGCAUUGGCUUCACACAAGUCAGAACAAUAACAAGUGAGCACUUGGUUCUAAAACCACAUGCGUCUGUUGGCGGCCAGGUGAGCAGCAUGAGGAUGGCAGGGUGAGAGCCUGAGGAACAGCAUUUGAUGCACAGAGAAGGGUGAGUGGUGUUUACCUGCAAGCACAGGACGCAGCCCCAAGAAUCAGGUUCUUUUUCCCAUUGGCUCAGUCCGGAAUCUUGGAUCUGAGCAUUCAAGGGCUUUGAGACCACCAGAACCCAUUGCAUUUUCCUGCAAGGGUGUGAGGCUGCAUUCUGUCCACCCUUUGUGCCAAUGCAUGCAUGGUCUUCUUUCCAUUUUCCCUCCCAUAACCUUCUGCUUUCCUCACAUACUUCCUGCUGCAAGAAUUUCUUCUGGCAGUGUCCCAGAGCAUCUCCCAGUUCUGGGCACAGCAGCUGCAGGAGCAGGGAAGCACCCCUGAGUGCACAACCUUUUCCUGCCUUUGUGAUUUGCUGGCAUUUGCCUCAGGCAAAUCUUUGGGAUUAUCUAUGGAUUUAUCUUUCACUGGUACGGAUGUGGAGUGCAGUGGAGAAAGAGGAGCAGAAAGCCAGAGCAGUGUUGUACAGGCAGCCCACUGCCUUUACAAGUACUGUGGGUAGGAGGACUCAGCAUUGCUCACCAGGACUCUGCUGGUGCUCUGAGUCAUAGAAGCAUCCCAUGAGCUGUAUUUGUAAUGAGGAUGCUCCUCAGCUGCAGGGUUCAGCCUGAUGCAAGAUCAGCUUCUUUCCAUGCCCCUGUGAGCCGUGUGCUCCAAAAUGCCUAUGUGCCCCUCCUGUGCCCAUGUGGGAGCUGGGGAAGUGGCAAUGCCAACCCAUAGGACAGCAUGAACUUCUCUGGAGUCUGGGCUCCUUCAUCCCAUGGCUCUUCCCAAGGAGAAUAAGAUUUUUGGUGGAAUGUGCAGGAGGAAUGCGUGCAAGAUGGGCCUGGGGCUUUGGAGCAGCAUGCAAAGCAGGUUCAAGGAAUGUUACCAAAAAACAACCCUUAGCUGGAGCUAAGCUUGUCAUGUUUCCCUUCUGGCCUUUGCAAAGGGUUUGUGCUGGGCUGCUCCCCGCUGUCUCCCCAAGGACUGUGAUCAGGGGAUGUGUUGGUGGCUGGAAGUCUGGGGCUGUCAGACAACAGGAAACGCUGCUACUGUGAGCCCUUUGGUGUUGCAAUAAGACGAAGGACGCUGAAGUGGUUUAUCAUUUGCCACUGGAGAUAAGAUCUCCUAGGAGGUGAAAGGCCAAGUGGCAUUUAGAUGGGGAUGCUGAGCCAUUGGAGACUAUAAAAUAAGCUGUUUUGCUAUAGUAGUGUGAAAGUUUGCAAUAACUUACUGCUUCCUCUGUUGUCCUCUAGAUGAAUUUCCAGGGCAACGGGGAGCUUUCAUGCC